UCUUAGAUUGAUUUAGCCUAAAACGUCAAGAAAUAAACUUAAGAUUAUGAAUAACUUAGAUAAUCUAUAGCAAAAAAAAGCAUUCUAUACAUCAAAAAUGCGUCUUAAGUCAAUGAAGAAUUAAUGAUCAAGUUGACAAAGUUCUUUUCAAGCUGCAUAUCAAAACUAUACUCAUUCAUAUAUCAUAUACUUUUAUGUCACAUACAUGAUGAUCCCAUCUCCAGCCUAAUUAUUUUCACCAAUCUUUUAACCCCUUUAUAAUCUCCAACAAAUUCUUUCAUAUUUCCUCAUGACAACUUUGCUUCUCCUAAUUCAAUAUACCAAUAUGCUACUCCAAAUCCUAGAAAAAAGGGCAAUGCAUCACUUGUUUCUUUUCUUGUUCACUGUCCUAUCUUUUCCCACCUUUAUUCAAUCAAUUCAUGUUCCAAAUCCUCAAGUAAUAGCUCAACAAGUGCAAGAGGCUAUCAAUGUGUCUAGGAGAAAUUUGGCCACAAACUCGUGCAAGACCGGUAAUCCUAUCGACGAUUGCUGGCAAUGUGACAAAAAUUGGGACGAAAAUCGCCAACAAUUAGCUGAUUGUGCCAUAGGUUUUGGUAAGAAUGCUGUAGGAGGUAAAAAGGGCAAAAUCUAUAUAGUAAAAGAUCCUAGUGAUGAUGCUAUUAACCCUAAAAGAGGCACAUUAAGAUAUGGAGUCAUACAAAAUGCACCAUUAUGGAUAGUUUUUGCUAAGGAUAUGGUGAUCAAACUUCAACAAGUUUUGUUGAUUAAUUCCUUCAAAACCAUUGAUGGAAGAGGAGCUAAUGUGCAUAUUGCUGAUGGAGCAUGUAUAGUCAUAGAAGAUGUCAACAACAUCAUCAUACAUGGCAUACACAUACAUGAUUGUAAAAGAGGAGGUAUUGGUUAUGUGAGGUACACCCCAACUCAUUAUGGUUGGAGAAGUAAAUCAGAUGGUGAUGGGAUAUCCAUCAUUUCGUCACGCCAUAUAUGGGUGGAUCAUUGCUCUCUAUCUAGAUGCAUUGAUGGCUUGAUUGAUGCCAUUCGUGGCUCGACCGCGAUAACUAUAUCUAACAAUUACAUGAGCCAUCAUAACAAGGUCAUGCUCUUAGGGCAUAAUGAUAAUCAUAAACAAGAUAAGAACAUGCAAGUUACUAUAGCUUAUAAUCAUUUUGGAGAAGGCCUUGUUCAGAGAAUGCCAAGGUGUAGACAUGGAUAUUUUCAUGUGGUGAAUAAUGACUACACGAAAUGGGAGAUGUACGCUAUUGGAGGAAGUGCAGAACCAACUAUCAAUAGUCAAGGCAAUAGAUUCCUAGCUCCUGACAACCGGUUCACUAAAGAGGUAACUAAACGAGAAAAUGCAUCAGAAAAAGAAUGGAAGAAAUGGAAUUGGAGAUCAGAAGGGGAUUUAUUUUUGAAUGGAGCAAAAUUUGUAAAUUCUGGAAAUGAAUCAUCCUUACUAUACGCUAAGGCCAUGAGCUUAAGUGCACGACCAGCUUCACUAGUGGCUUCAAUGACAAAGAAAGCAGGUGUACUCAUAUGUCACAAAAACAGAACUUGCUCAUCAAUUAAUUAAGCACCCUAAAUCUACCUCUAUUAAUUACUAAAUUUGCCAAUUAUGUAAUUGUUUCAUUAUAAAUAGUCAUCUUAUUUUUUUA